GAGGAAGUUACUGUCAGUCAGUUCUUUGAGCGCAGCCGUCACAGUCAGGCAGCAUUAACCCGGCUGCAGUCGCUCUCUAAGGCAUUCCGAGGAUUCCUAGCGCUCCAUCCUCACUACCUGUCCGACAGGUGUAGCCGGGGGGAAGGCGGCUCUGAGCGGGGGGCCAUUCAUGGUUAUCUAUGGGUGAGUGUCUGCGGAGAGCUUGUCCAUGUCUGGAAUCACUAUGGCAGCGGAUUUUCAGCGACAAAAAGACUAGAGGAGAAGGAGGCGGAGGAGGAGUGAGUGGUGGUAGUGAAGGUGGAGGAGGAGGAGCAGGCAGCAGUGACAGUGGCGGACAGGUGAGCUCACCGGCCCCGGCUCUGCUGCCGCCGAAGCCGCCGCCGGAGAAGGCAACCGAGAGCGGCUCCAUCUACACGGCGGUGUGGCCGUUUGAAGCCCGGCACGAGGAUGAGCUGUCGUUCCAGGAGGGGGACCUGUUCAGUGUCAUCAGCCGCAACGGGGACUGGUGGACCGCGCGGAUGAUCGACAAGAACGGGCGCGUCCUGAACACCGGGAUAGUUCCCAAUAACUACCUGGCCAGGGCUGAGUCCCUGAAAAUGCAGCCAUGGUUUUUUGGGAUAAUGAACCGCUUCGAGGCCCAAAGCCACCUGCUGGCACCAGGAAAUGAAGAGGGAGCUUUCCUCAUCCGACACAGCGAGAAAGACGACGUUGGAUAUGUUCUCUCAGUGAAGACAAGCAGUCGGGUGAAGCAUUUUAAAAUCCACCAAGCAGGUGAGAGUGAUUUUCACGUGGAGCACAACUACCACUUCAGGUCUCUGAUUGACCUGGUGGAGCACUACAGCACCAACAGCCUCAUCAGCACAGGAAGACUGGGAAGCCCCUGCAAGAGGAAAAAGCCCAACACCCCAGAUUUGAAUCAUUUUACGGUGGAUGAGUGGGAGCUCCCGAAAGAAGACUUCACCCUGGAGGAGGAGCUGGGCAGCGGCUACUUCGCCGACGUCUACCGGGGACGCUGGAAAAACCAUAUUAAUGUCGCCAUCAAGAUCAUCAAAAGUGACUCAGAGAUGAACCACCGGGAGUUUCAGAGGGAAGUUCAGAUCCUAAAGAGUCUCCGGCACCGUCAUCUCAUCUCUCUGUUCGCCGUCUGCACGGCCUCUGCACCUUACUACAUCAUCACCGAGCUGAUGGAGAGAGGCAGUCUGCUCCAGUUCCUCAGAGGUCCAGAGGGGCAGCAUCAAGACAUUCCCUCACUCAUUGACAUGGGGGCCCAGGUGGCUGAUGGGAUGUCGUACCUGGAGGAGCAGAACAGCAUCCACAGAGAUCUGGCGGCUCGAAACGUCCUGGUGGGAGGAGACUACAUCUGUAAGGUGGCCGACUUCGGGUUGGCCAGGGUGAUCAAGGAGCCGUUCUACAUCACAGAGGAUAAAAAGAUUCCCUACAAGUGGAGCGCUCCCGAGGCCAUCAGUCAUGGAAAGUUCUCCAACAAGUCAGACGUUUGGUCCUUUGGGGUCUUGCUCUAUGAGAUUAUCACCUGCGGAGGGAUUCCUUACCCAGCCCUCAGCAACCAAGAAGUCUACCAGCAGGUGACCAAAGGACACAGGAUGCCACGUCCGGCCAAAUGCCCAGACUCCCUCUACAGAAUCAUGUUGAAAUGUUGGAGUGCCGAGCCAGAGGACAGGCCAAACUUCAAGUACCUCAAGGUCCAACUGGACAGCAGCUACGAGCUGGAGUGACUUCCCCCUCCUGACUUCCUGCAGUACAUUCUCAGUGCCACAGAGGGGCAGCAGAGAGGCUAACACUCAGCAGCUAUGAGGACUCUAAUCUUAAAGCCUGAAAGUAGAACAAUAUACAGGCCUUUGUACAGAGUGCCUGUGUGAUUGUGUGUGUUUGCAGUUGCAAACCUGCAAAGCCUGAUGUGUUUUAUUCAGUCCACUACUCCUGAUUAUUUUCAUUAUCACUUCAUCUAAUGAUUAUUUGUGAAGGACAUUUUUUUUUUUACCAUUUUCUGACUGAGUUGAUUAAUCAGUUAAUCAAGACAACAAUCAAUCAAUCAAAAACACUGUUAAAUGCUGCCUUAAUUUUCUAAUUAAACUGAUUGUUGACAUAUGCAGUGUGAGAAAAUAGUUGAAAAUGCCCAUCACAAAUUUUCCAGACCAGCAGACCUAAAAACCAAAUACAUAGUUUGAAAUUAUAUAAAUAAAUGUAAAAACUAAAAAAAAAAAAAAGUGACAGGUUGGAAACCAGAGAGUAUUUUGGAUUUUUAGUACAAAAAAAUGAUUUAUUAGUUUUCUGAAAGUUAUUAUAAUUUCCUACAGCAUAAUUUUUAGGGUCUCUUUGUAAGAUUUUAAUGACUUCAGACAGCACUUAAAUUAAUACACAAUAAUAAUGUGAAUAUUGACGUAUGCUUAUUUCUCAGUUCCAUAGUUUGCAAACUUGGACAAUCAAACUCACCUCACGGUACAUUUAGUAGAGAUUCUGGAGCUUUCAGUCGCAGUGAACAAGUAAUUAUUUGUUUUGUCAGCUGCUGUUUACAAGGUCAUGAAUGAACUGCAAAGCUCAACUUGUAAACCGACAUGGAUGAGAAGCGCUCAAAAACUGGAACUGUUUCCAUGACGACUGGCCAAACUACAUCUACUGAUGAAGAUCAUGAAAUACGAACAAAAGCUUCAGAAAAAGCUUCGGCUUUAAUGUGAGACUGUCAACAGCCGACCUCUGGCUAGUGCUGGAUUACAUGGAAGCAGAACAAAACAGCAGUACUGUAGUACUUUGGUUUUAACGAGAUAAAAAUUUCCGGGAUUAACGUCUAACUUGUUGUCUGGGUGGGCAAUGUUUAUAUUUGUCCAGCAGGGGGGAGCACAGUCACAGUAUCUGAGGAGCUUCUUUCCUCACAAGAGAGUCAGUUAUGUUUUAUUGAACAAUUUAGUCACUGUUCACUCACUUUCCAACAGUACAUAACCUUUCAGUAUUUCAACAGCUUCUCUCAAACCUAAGCCUGCCUUCUCUUACAUGCUAGAGCCUAGAAAUGCUUCAUCAAGCAGAACAAAAAAACCUUCAAUGAAUGAUCUUGUGUGCAUGAAUAUUUAUAUAAAUUAUACAUUUAUGAUUGAGCCGUCUCUCACAGAUCAGCUGCCAUUAUUCAAACAACAAACACAUGUUUUCUCUUUGACUGUAAAGUCCUGAAGACAUUAGAUUAUUAAGUAAUUCACAGUUUGUAAACGACUGAUAAAUUCAGGGAUGAAAAACUGCAUCAGGGUCAUAAAGCCGUGAAGAACUGUAGUAACACACAAUUCCAGGUCGUAUUUUAUUUCUAUUUUUUUUAACUGUUGUUGAUGAAAUGUCUGUUAUGACCUUUUUUGAUUUACUGAUUUACUGCAUCAGCUGUGAAACACCUUUCACCAGUGUCCCAUUUAAACAUGAAACCUGCCUCAUUCUGGUGUGAAAGUGCUGAAUGAAACCGUGUUCAACCUGGUGUGAACCAGAUGCACUCGCUGCCUUCUCUACACAGUCUGUUUUUAUGACAUUUUCAUGUGCAAUGAUGUUACCAGUCUAUAAAUCACCACUAUUUUAA